AUGGGCAAAGCACCUGCUACUUUCUCUGAGGGCGACGCCAAGAACGGCGCUAAGCUCUUCCAGACUCGCUGCGCUCAAUGCCACACUGUUGACGCCGCCGGUGCCAACAAGGUCGGCCCUAAGCUCCACGGUCUUUUCGGCCGCCAGUCCGGUCAGGUUGACGGUUACGCCUACACCGAUGCCAACAAGAACGCCGCUGUCCACUGGGACGAGAAGUCUCUGUUCGAUUACCUCGAGAACCCCAAGAAGUUCAUUCCCGGCACCAAGAUGGCUUUCGGUGGUCUCAAGAAGGCCAAGGAACGCAACGACCUCAUCACCUACCUCAAGGAGUCUACCGCUUAA